CCCACCCCCUCUCUCAGCCCCUGCUUCAGGCGGCUUCUCCGGGCAUGCUCCUUAAGCCAAAGUAUGGCCGCUUUCGCAACGACUCUGUGACCUCCUCCGACGGCCUGAUGCAGAGCUUAGCCAUGAGCGGCAAAGUAGUGGCCACCCCGGUGGUUCCCUCCUCCACCCCCAGCCUGCCUCUACCCCCGCUGCGUCCUCUGGAUCCGAGCACCGGGACCACCUCCUCCUCCUCCUUGUCCACCGGGGCUGCGGCCCUGGCCGACUCCCAGUGCCUGGAUGGGGAGCAGGACGCUGCCACCACCUUCUGCAUGCUCAUCCCCAAGAUGCCCCAGUGGAAGUUCUCCAACUCCCUGCUCAGCCGGAGCCCCUCCAACUCCAGCUCCAGCUCCAGCUCCAGCUCCAGCAAGGACUCUGGCAAGGCAGCGGCAGCUCCCUCGCAAACCUCCUCUUCCUCAUCACACGGGCCGGGUGGCGGGAGCUCAGCCAGCGGCCCUGUGGCUAGCUUGGCCGCGGUGCUCAACUCCUGUGACCCUGUGUGUGUCACCCCAUGUUCCCUACAGACCAUUCGAGGGCAGAGAGCAGCAGCAGCAGCAGUAGGAGCAGCAGCAACCACCUCCACCAGUCCUGGGGGCCAUGGAUUCGGGGCCACCGAGGCCACGGGGAGCUCCGGGGGCUCUAGGUCAGGAAUGAGCCGCAGGACCAGGGUUGAAGGCAUGUGGCUGGGGGGAGAGGACUUCAACCAGAAAGGAAGCUUCAUCCACAAGCCCUCCCAGGGCUGGCUGCAUCCUGACAAGAAGAUUGCUGGACCGGGGGUCUCCUAUAUUGUCAGAUACAUGGGCUGCAUCGAGGUGCUGAAAUCAAUGCGCUCACUGGACUUCAACACACGGACUCAGGUGACAAGGGAAGCCAUCAAUCGGCUGUGUGAAGCUGUGCCCGGGGGCAAGGGGGCAUGGAGGAGGAAGGCCCUGAACAAAGCCCUGCAGUCCAUCAUGGGGAAGAGUAACCUACGUUUCGCUGGUAUGAGCAUCGCAGUCAAUAUCUCCAUAGAAGGCCUCAGCCUGCUCAUCCCGACCACACGCCAGGUGAUAGCACAUCAUCCCAUGCAGUCCAUCUCAUUCGCUUCUGGGGGAGACACAGACACACCUGACUAUGUUGCGUACGUGGCCAAAGACCCAGUCAAUCAGAGAGCUUGUCACAUCCUGGAGUGCUCGGAUGGUUUAGCCCAGAGUGUCAUCAGUACCAUUGGUCAAGCCUUCGAACUGCAAUUCAAACAGUACCUUCACAGCCCACCCAAAACCAUGGCUUCAAUGGAGAGGAGCACCAGGACAGAGGAGCCAAUGUGGGGGGAGGAUGAGGACUCCUCAGAGCACGACUACUACAACAGCAUCCCAGGGAAGGAGCCCCCUGUUGGCGGGGUGGUGGACUCAAGGCUCAGGCCUUGUGGGGCCUUGCUGGGUCACAUCCACACCCAGCCACAGAGCAAGGCAGCGGCACAGACAUGCUCGCCAUCCAGGAGAGACCCUAGUGCAUUUUAUCCAUCUGGUCAGCUGUGCUACGAGCUUCACUGGGACACCGAGACCAACAGCAGCUCAGAUGGUUACCUGCGAGCAGACGGCCAGCCGCCGGGCAGCAGGGACUACGAGGAGCACCUGUAUGUCAACACCCAGAGUCUGGACUGCCUCGACCCAUCGGCCCAUGGGCUGGACGGACAAAGAGGGGCCAGGGGACCGGACAGUCCCAAGAAAGACAUAUUCGACAUGAGACCAUUUGAAGAUGCUCUGAAGCUCCAUGAGGCCAGAGGAGUUGCUAUAGGCUCAGGCAUACCUGCUGUGGCUGGAGGUGGUAGUACUCAGGGUGGAGCGGUGGGUCUGGUGGUGCUGGAGGACCAGUGGCCCAGCCCCCCUCGUCGGCGAGCCCCAGUGGCCCCCACGGAGGAGCAGCUCCGCAGGGAACCUUGGUACCACGGCCGCAUGAGCCGGCGCGACGCUGAGAAACUCUUGGUUAGAGACGGCGAUUUCCUGGUCCGGGAGAGCACCACCAACCCAGGACAGUAUGUCCUGACUGGUAUGCACUGCGGCCUGCCCAAACACCUGCUGCUGGUCGACCCCGAAGGAGUGGUUCGGACUAAAGAUAUGCUAUUUGAGAGCAUAAGCCACCUGAUCUCGUACCACCUGAAGAAUGAGCUGCCUAUAGUGGCGGCAGAGAGCGAGCUCCAUCUGAAACAGGUGGUCCGGAGGAAACAGUGAUCCAGAUCUCAAGAGAGGGAGCCUUGCUUGGAAGGGAUCAAGAGGCAGAUUCAGUGAAACCAGUCUUCUCUAAACCAUUUAGCCCAGUUGGAGGUUUUUUUUUCUGGGACUAAGUUUAUUCACUAACACGAUCUCCCUACGGACACCACUACCAAAGACCAGGAGACGUCUGGCCUCUCUUGUUCGCUUUACUCUCCCUCGUCGGCCACCAUGUU